UGGCAGGCAGCAGGUUCUCAUCUCUGCAGAUUAAUGGAGGUUAGGAAAACCGGUGCUGUGGUAUGACUGCAAUGAUGCCAGCUAUGAGAAAAACUGGUUGAAACACCUGCACCCCUUGCCUGAAGGCUGCCGACCUCCUCAAGUCCCCUUGUGCUUCUUCCCGGCUUGGGAAGAACUCUGUCCUAAAUACUAAGCGCUGGAAGUGGGGCGAGACUGACACUUUGUGCGAGUUUUGGGACUUUCCAUACUGCUUCGCGAGUCUCUCCCGCCGCUCCUCGCCACGAUCCCCGAGCUGAUCCCAGGGCGGGCAGAGAGCAGGACUACAUCUCCCGUCAUGCCUGCAGCACUGAGAGAGCCGUCGCCAUUUAGGUACCGUACCCCGGAGCCGUUGGGUCCGGGCCGUGCUGCGUUCACCGCUCCCCGCCGCUGCCAUGAGCCGCCUCAGCGGCGGUUGGGACGGCGCCGGCGAGGAAGCCCAGCUCCUCCUGGACCUAUGCCUUCAGUGUUUGACAAAGAACCUUUCCAGAUAUGCUGCAGAUAUUAAGUCAUUGCCACCCAACAUAAAGGAUAAACUGAUUAAAUUAAUGAGUAGGCAAGGGCAAAUAACUGAUUCAAAUAUCAGUGAGGUAUUGCACCCUGCUGUAGAGUCUCUAGACCUUCGAGACUGUGAUAUUUCAGAUAAUGCAUUACUGCAGCUUCAUAACUGCAAGCAACUGAAAAAAAUCAACUUAAACUCUUGCAGAGAAAACAGAUUUGGAAUCACUUCAGAAGGUGUCAUAGCACUGGCCUUAUCCUGUCCUUACUUGUGUGAAGCAUCUUUUAAAAGGUGCUGUGAUAUAACUGACAGUGGAGUUCUUGCUCUUGCGCUCAACUGCCAGUUCCUACAAAUAGUGAACUUGGGCAGUUGCUCGGGCAUCAUGGAUGCGUCUCUGCAAGCACUAGGAGAAAACUGCAAAUUUCUUCACAGUGUGGAUUUCUCAUCUACUCAGGUAACAGAUGAUGGUGUUGUAGCACUAGUAAGUGGAAUGUGUUCAGAAAAUUUAAAGGAGAUCCACAUGGAACGCUGUGUGAAUCUGACUGAUGUCGCUGUGGAAGCGGUUCUUACUUGUUGUCCAAAGAUACACAUUUUUCUGUUCCAUGGAUGCCCUUUGAUAACAGAUCGUUCCCGAGAAGUUUUAGAACAGCUGGUCAUAUCAAACAAAAUCAAACAAGUAACGUGGACUGUUUACUGAUUAUUUAUCAUGUACGUAUGAGUGUAAAGUUUACAGCUGGGAGAGAGCUCUUUCAGAAAACAAGCACCUUGGAGGAAUAGCACCUUGGUGACUUUUGGACCAUCAGAUUGCUUCCCUCCUUGUUCCCACUAGAGGUCUCCAUCGCCAUUCCAGUCCUUGCCUGUGAGUCUGGGCUUCCCCAUUGUCUCUACUUAGAGCCCUGUCUUGUCUUUGCAUUGCUAAUCAUACUUCAGUAAGAGGAAAGUUAAACUAUAAUUAAUAUUACACUAUCAUCGCUCAGCCUCCUUCAAGUAUGAGAUUUGGCUACUACUUUGUAUCUUUUACCAUCGUAGUUACAUAUACAAACCAAAUUUAAGUAAGUCUGAGUUUGUAGUCUGAGAGGGUAGUUGCAACUAAAAGUACCAACCCAAACAUUUUUGCUGGAGUGUCUCUAAGGUUGGGACUGUAAUCUGGCAAAAGUCAACAGAUCGAAUUGGUGACUGGAGGUGGCAUUAACAGCAAUGAAAAUGUAUUUUUAGUAAGAAACAGUCUCCUUUUACCAUGUGCUUUUGCUGGGUCUGGAAAAAAACUGUAGGUAUCUUUUUUUUGAUGCUACUGAUGCUGCAGGUUUCUGUUCUUAUUUUCUAAUAUUUGCUGGAUUUUUAUACUUCAAAAACUACAGUCUGUGGACACGUAAACAUAAACUUUGAAAUUGUGGUGACUUAAUUACAAAGUAGUAGCUAUAAGUGAUUAAAAAAAUCUGAUAUAUGGGCAAAUACUUAUUUGCUCUGACUUUUGCCUAAGUUGAUGAAAAUCCUUCUAGGGAACAAAAUACUGGUCCUCAUAAGCAUUGCUGUGAGUGAAAUAGGACCAAAUUGAAUGAGUACAUGAAUCUCAGGAUGCUAGAGUUCAGCAGAGUAUGUGUUCUGCUUUGUGUGGUUUCUUAUCUUUCUAGUGGCUCCAGAAGCUGAAAAUAACCACUUAUAUAUUGCUCAAUUGUGGUCAUAGUAAAGAAAAAAAUCUUAAA